AUGCCUAGCGCGUCCUACACCAUCCCCAACCUCGUCAGCUACGUCCUAGACGAGCGUUAUGAACUGCUCUCAGUGCUCGGCAGCGGCUCGUACGGCGUCGUCUACAAGGCGCUCGACUUGAAGCCUAACUCCCCCUCCGAUGCCCAAUUCCGCGCCAUCAAAAUCGUCUGCAAGGCCAACCGGAGGCCCACGCAGCUCGAGGCCGUCCGCAGGGAGGUCGAGCUCCAGAGCCUUGUCACGGGCCACCCGAACAUCGUCGGUAUCCUCGAUGCGUUCGAGGACACCAAUUACUUCUACCUCGUCCUAGAACUCUGCCCCGGGGGCGACCUUUUCCACCAGAUAUGUAGUAAGAGGUCGUACGCCGGCAACGACGCUCGGCUCCGGAGAGUGUUCCUGCAGCUCGUGGACGCCGUCGAGGCCUGUCAUCAGAGGAAUAUCUUCCACCGUGAUCUCAAGCCAGACAACAUCCUGAGCAAUGUGGACGGCUCUGAGAUAUUCCUCGGCGAUUUCGGUCUCGCUACUGAGCGCACCGUCGCGAAUGAGUGCGGCUGUGGAACUCAAGCCUAUAUGAGCCCUGAGGUCAUCAGCAAAAAUCCAUACUGUACUCGCUUCGCCGACAUUUGGGCUCUAGGCGUUAUUCUCGUCAACAUGAUCUGCGGUCGCCAUCCCUGGUCUAUUGCAACUCCAGAAGAUUACUGCUUCUCCAAAUGGCUCGCAGACCCGAAUUACCUUAAGCAAAUGCUUCCCAUCUCCCCUGGGGCAAACAACAUCCUCCUCCGCAUCUUCCAACUCGAGCCUCUCAAACGCAUCACCCUCGCCGAUCUCCGUAAGGAUGUCGCCAGCUUGGACACGUUCUUCCUCUCCCGAGAGGAACUCGCUGUCGCCAGCGACUUCGCGCAAUACGUCGCGGCAGACCUCUACUGGGGCUACGAGCGCCGCGGACACUAUCGCAUGCGCGUACCCAUCCCGGCUGCCCAGCCUAUUCAUCUGCCUGAGGCGCGGGACAUCACCUCGAGAACGGAGACCGAUCCUAGGACCCCAAUCGCCAGACAACCAUCUUUCAUGGCGCAGCCCAAGAUCGAGAUGCCCGCUCCCCAAGGGCUCUUCGUCGCUAAGGAUGGAGAUUACUCAUCCGGGUCCGACCAAACAGACUCCUCAGGGGCCUCUUCAAGUAGCUUCGUCCAGCGAGUGGACGGCGCUAUCAAAGUCGGGCUGGAGAUUGAUAUCGCGGAGGCGGUCUUGAAAGCGCCUCGGCCUGAGAGGGCUGACUUCUCGCCUGUCCCCUUCUCGCCUGUCCCCGUCUAUGGCUGA